GUCAUUCAACAGAUAAUGCCCUGUAACUCUUUAAAAACAAUCACACAAUGGCGAGAUGUUUCGCAAAACAGGUUACUAAGUGGUCAUCCCGUUUCCAUAGCAACCGGGAUAGAUCGGUCGUUACAAAACGGACCGCAGAGUGAAUUCGAGCGUCAGUUGAAACCGUGUAGCCAUCCGAAACUGAGAGGCGUUAUUCCGUGCGUGUUAGUAGUUCGAUACCAGUUAAAUCCACCUGCAGAAAAAUGGAAGACAGUUCAUUGCUGCGACAGGUACAAAGGCAGAUCGAGAAGCUGGGAUUGAUUGAGUCAAUGCCGGUGCUGAUGGAGGAGUCGCGGAAGUUUUUGACUCACUUUAUUAACAUGUUUCAACGUGUCCAAGGCAGCGUUAUCGAAGAUUACUAUUUUCAAACGCUGUACCUGUGCCAGACGGCAAUCGUGAAAUGCGACGUUACCGAGCGAGAUAAAACUGUGGUGAGCAACAUUUUAAACACCGUACUGGAAACGAUCCACCGGGAGUAUGUGCGCAAUAAGGUGCUUAUUGAAUCGCUUGGCACACUUAACAACAUCAUGUGCAACCUGUACCAUUUGGAGGUGGUAUAUGCGCAACCAAUGUUACGCAAGAAGCUCCCAUUUCUUAGCCGAUUCUUCUGCGAGAUGGAACACUACGGCGUGAUGUGUUCCAUUGUGGGGAUUCUUUAUCAGUAUGUUUGCAAGUACGACUGCGAAAAGCGUGCGGACGUGUUUGCCGAAAUUAUGGAAAAUUUUAACGACCCAACCAAUCAACUAGCCGAGAUGCUGCAGUGGCAACCGGAAACGUUUUAUGCUCAAUGUAGAAAGUUUCUGAACGACAUUCCCGGUAGGAAGUAUUAUUCACUUGCCGCACGAUCUGCCAUUUUUGGGGAGAAGACGAUUAUACCGAUGAAGGGCAUGCCUUACAUUUCGUUCGAAUGGAACUCACAUCCGAGUGAGAUCGCAUUCCAAGCCUCGUUCGGUAAAGACAAGGACAAUUCGCUACAGGCGAAUAUCGACUUCAGCGAUAUACGCUCUGUGGAGAUUAUUGAGGACCUGGAACAGCCGCGGGUAGUAUGUACGUAUGGCAAAAUAACCGUCGAGGGCAUUGCCAUUGAGAAGUACGAACUGCGCAUUAAUGUGGUGGACAACAGUGAGCUGAGCGAGCUGGCCGAAUUUAUAACGCCGCUGAUAAAUUCGGUGACAUUCGCUGGCAAAAAUGUCACACCACUUCCGGAAGUUAUGUGCGAUGAAACGGUUAUUCUUCACGAGAAGUUCUACAACACGACGGACUUUGCCAGCCAAACCUUUCUCGAGGACAGUAAUGUGGCAGCAGCCGCCCAAACGGCUAGCCCGAAACAGGAUGCACCAAUCAUGUCCGCCACCCAUCCGAAACAUGAUUCUCCGGCUAAGCCGAUGGUGGAAAGCGAAAAUGAUCACGAUAAGGAAAAUUGGGAUAAAACCAACCAUUUGUCCGAUUCCUCGCUGACCCAUUUCCAACCGUUCGACACGAAAUGGAAAGCGAACUUAUUACAACACACGUCCAAAAGCAAGAAACCGGAACCUUCCCUCCCGCCUCUUGCACGCGAUCCGUACGACAUAGAGCUGAUGCGAUGCGAGGAAGUAGACCAACGGAAGGCAAAGCUUCGAAUGGAAACGGUUUCAAAACGAUGCGCCAAUGGUAAGAAAAAUGGACGAUCCGAGCACGUGGACAGACGGCCGAAAUAUAUGCAAUGCUCGACACCAACCAAAGCCCGGCGCACAACCCCUUCGAAGGGUCUCGUCAACGAGGAGUUGUCUUCGAUUUUCGGUGAUAGCGGCGAAGAAUCGAUGGAUGAUGAGAAGCACGACGCAACCUACAUGCCCUACUCGAUGCUAUCCAAGACGGGAAUGCGUAGCCGGGCUGGCAAACGAGGAACCAAGCGCCAGGCCGUUCCAUUGGGACAGGCGGCACCGCACGGGCAGAAAAAACUCAACCUUAAAAUGAUACCACCCCCUAAAACACAAAUUCUUGGAACGGGCCAGAAGGCUACGAGUGCCAGAAAUAGAAAAACACAAAUUUGCGACAUUUCGUCAAGCACGCCGCAGAUAGAAACGGCGAUACAUGCAGUUGCCGUAGCGAAGAAUAAUGGCACAACGUGUGCGACGACUGUCCCGUACUCCAAGCCAGCCGAAGGGCAAACUCGUGAAGGAAUUGAAAGAGGAGGCGUGCUUGCCAACGCUCCGACGGCAGCCACCCGUGGAAUACGGAAGAGACUCAAUUCUAAACAUACUACCACCACCCAAACGACUACUACAAAAACGACCACAACGAAAACAACUGCAGUUGGACUUGCCACGUGUGCAGUAGCUGACCCAGCGGAAGAUACGACGAUGCAGGAAGACACGAUUACGAUGCCACCGUCGGAAAUCUUACCGUGCCAUGCCACGGAGCAGGUGCAUUGCCGUGCACUUUACACGGUCGAAAAGCACCAGGAAUACCACCGUGUCCAUCAUACGGUGAAUGAGGCCGAAACGUCUUUGCCCGAACUACCGGAAGAGGCUCGUCGGCAAGUGUUGGCUUGCGCACUAAGGAUUGUCGAUAUAAUUACGCAUUCGUGUACAACACUGCGACCCACUAAAUAGAGAUGUAACCAUAGCUACGGGAAUGAAGCUGGCAAGGGAAGAGGCUGAUACCGGCGACAGGACAUUCAACACAACAACUUCUGGUAUGAUUCACUGCAAAUAAUUGUUGGAAACAUAUAUUAUUGUUUAUAAUGAUAUUAGUACAAAGAUACAACCGUAUCAAACCGCUCACAGCAUAGAAGCAGUGUGCCGUAGCUUCUGUAGUGCUUACUUCGCCGAAAGCACUUCGUAACUUUCGUCUACAAAGAGCACGAUGAGCUUGUUUGAAUGUAAUAAAAUAUACUCUCUUGAUGCGAAAAAUUUAAAAUAAAAUUCAACCAAAAUGCA